AUGACCAUCAACGACAGUGAAUUCUCCCCUUCGGCUUUCCUUGACACCGUCGAAGGGGAGAUCACGCUCUUUAGGUCGAUAAUGCGUGCAAGACCAGUUGGAAUCCAUCGUCAUUUCCAUGUCCUGACCAUUCGCAAUGCGAUCUACAAAGACACAGGUCGUCUGAUACCCCCGGACGACAUAUGGCAGAAAUUGAGGAGUUGUUGGGAUAUGGACGCGCUGGAGAAUAUUGACAUAGAGGCCGACCAUUAUCUCGAAGCGUCGGGUUCGAACAAUUCAACUCCAAGCCAAAUCCCAUCACCUUCGCCAUCGGACAAUCUAAACGAUCACCAAUUCUUUCGGGAAGAAUUUUCCUUGCCUUCAGACGAGAUCACGGAGUCCCUCAUCAUCAGGCGACGUUUGAGGAAUACACCGUCGGAGCCUUCCACUCGCAGCCCGUCUCCAGUCCCCCCACCCAAAAGAAAGCGGACGAGACGCAACAACCUUGAAAGAGCGGGACUUGUGGCGGAAAGUGACAGCAGCGCAUUGACUCAAAGUGGUGAUGAAGGUAUCCCCCCUACUCCAAGAGACAGUGUGAUGACAGGAACAGACGCAGGCACAGAGGACGGCGAAGAGGACGAGGCAGAACAAGACGCAUCACCAUCACCGUCAUCGUCGAGGCCUGCUCGCGGCCGUCCGAAAGGGGCGAAGAAGAAGGGAACAGUAUCAACUCGCGGACGAGCAACUAAAACUACAUCUCGGGGUACUACCAAGAAGAAGAAGCGGUAG